AUGACAGUUACAGACCCAGUCAGUCCAGAUGCCAUCAGGGCAAUGUUUGCCUCUGCCCUUUCGAGCAUGUAUCGACGUGAAGUUCCCCAAUACGGCACACUCCUCAAGCUUGUAUCCGAUAUCAACCACCAGAAACAUCAACCCAUCGAACCUCGUAUCGAGGUUGAACGUCAUGGAGCCAUCAGACUCGGAACACCAGAAGAACUAGCCAUGAUGAGGCGACUAUUCGCUGUGAUGGGCAUGCAUCCUGUUGGUUACUACGACCUCACUGUCGCCAAUCUCCCAGUUCACGCAACGUGUUUUCGACCUCUCACACAAGAAGCCCUGGCAUACAACCCUUUUCGGGUAUUUACAUCUUUAUUACGACUUGAGCUCAUCGAGGAUGAGACACUUCGGACACAGGCUGCCGAUAUCUUGCGAAAACGCAACAUUUUUACAAAUCGAUGUGUAGAAUUGAUCGAAAUAUUCGAGUCUCAAAAGUCUUUCUCAAAAGAAGUUUCGACUGAAUUCAUAAAAGAAGCUCUCGAAACAUUUCGAUGGCACAAAACAUCAACCGUUGACUUGAAAACAUACAAAGCUCUUCGAAAAGCACAUCCCUUGAUUGCAGACGUCGUCUGUUUCAAAGGACCUCACAUCAAUCAUCUCACACCCCGGGUUCUCGAUAUCGAAACGGCACAAGUUGAAAUGCUUAGAUAUGGCCUCCAAGCCAAAGACGCCAUUGAAGGACCCCCACCAAGACUUUGUCCCAUCCUCCUUCGCCAAACGAGUUUCUUAGCCCUUGAUGAAGCAAUUGCUUUUUCUGAAGGAGAAGAGACUGGAGGAAGUCACAAGGCGAGAUUUGGAGAGAUUGAGCAACGAGGAAUGGCUUUGACGCCCAAGGGAAGACGUCUAUACGAUGAUCUUAUCAACGAGUGGCGAGGAUCUGUAGCUGAGCUCACGUCUGAUGCCAAGUCUGGUUCGAAAGAGCAGAUUCUUGCAGAGGCUUUCCAGAAGUUCCCUGAUGACUUGGAAACCAUUCGAAAAGAGAACCUUGCAUACUUUACAUAUACCGCUGUUUCUAAGCUACCAAAAGACUCUGAUGCGAGCAUCGACAGUCUUGUCAGCUCCGGGGCUGUCAAGGCUGAGCCGAUUACAUAUGAGGAUUUCCUGCCUGUCAGUGCAGCUGGAAUCUUUCAUUCGAACCUAGGAGAAGACGGCGGCUUGAGUCAUGUCGCAGAAGCGGAUCAGGGAUCUUUCGAGAAGAGUCUUGGAUGUCAGGUCAAGAGGGAAUUUGAGCUGUACAGUGAAAUGCAGGAAAUGUCGAUUCGAGGAUGUCUGGAGAAAUAA